GUGUGACGGACCCCGGGCAGCCCGUGUUCGGGGGACCCCUGCCCACCCUCUGCCUCGCCCGCUGGACUAUGGAACUAGCGUGUGUUCUCUCGCCGGCCUCCGCUUUCCCCGUCGGUCCCCCACUCGUGGCCGGCGCGCGGUUCGUGGCCCUUCAGUGCGGCUCUGCCCCACGCGGCUAAGCUGACCAGCUGCGGUGUCCACCUUUCUUUGCCGGGCCAAAGCCUGAGAUCGUUGUUCGAAAAGGGCUGGGCGCCGGUGACCUCGGUGGGGGUGGCCGUUUUGCCUGUUUUACCUCCACUCUCCUCAAGAUUCUCCUGUCUUUGGGAGAAACCGCAUCAUAGGUACCAACCUUCCAUGAUGUUUGGUGGCUAUGAGACUAUAGAAGCAUAUGAAGAUGACCUUUAUCGUGAAGAGUCAUCUAGUGAACUGAGUGUUGAUAGUGAAGUGGAAUUUCAGCUCUACAGCCAAGUUCAUUAUGCCCAAGAUCUUAAUAAUGUCAUCAGGGAGGAAGAACAUGAAGAAAAGAACUCUAGGGAUUCUGAAUCAUCUAGUAGUAAGCCAAAUCAGAAGAACUUAAUUAUCCUUUCAGACAGUGAGGUCAUCCAGCUAUCUGAUGGGUCAGAGGUCAUCACUUUGUCUGAUGAAGAUAGUAUUUAUAGAUGUAGAAGAAAGAAUUUUAGAGUCCAAGCAAAAGAAAAGACCCGAGGUUCUCCUCCUCCUCUUCAUUCUAAUGAGUUGGAUGAUAAGAAAUUCAAGAGGGAUAUUGAGACACCUAAAUCUGGAGAGCGACUGGCUGCGGUUCGAGAGGUUAUGAUUAUAGAAGUCAGUUCAAGUGAAGAGGAAGAGAGCACCAUUUCAGAAAGUGACAACGUGGAAAGCUGGAUGCUGCUGGGAUGUGAAGUUGAUGAUAAAGAUGAUGAUAUCCUUCUCAAUCUUGUGGGAUGUGAUAACUCUGUUAAUGAAGGAGAAGAUGGUGUAAACUGGUUCAUCAGUGACAAAGACGUUGAGGCUCAGAUAUGUAAUAAUAGAUCCUCUGGAAGACUGACCCACCGAUACUACACAGCAAACAAAAACGUUACCUGUAGAAAUUGUGACAAAUGUGGCCAUUUGUCAAAAAACUGCCCCUUUCCACAAAAAGUCCGCGCCUGCUGCCUCUGCUCCGAGAGAGGACACCUCCAGUACGCCUGUCCAGCCCGCUUUUGCUUAGACUGUUUUUUGCCUAUGUCUUCUACUCACAGAUGUCUUGAAAGAUCUUCCUGGAGAAAACGAUGUGACCGCUGUGAUAUGAUAGGCCACUAUGCUGAUGCUUGCCCAGAAAUCUGGAGGCAGUAUCACCUAACGACUAAACCUGGACCACCCAAAAAGCCGAAGACCCCUGCUGGACAGUCGGCCCUGGUGUAUUGCUACAACUGUGGUCAGGAAGGCCAUUACGGACACGAAUGUGCAGAGAGGCGGAUGUUCAACCAGACCUUUCCGACGUCUCCGUUCAUCUACUACUAUGAUGACAAAUACGAAAUUCGGGAGCGAGAACACAGAAUAAAACGGAAAGUAAAAGAACUCCAGAAACAUGGGAAUCUCCCAAGGCAGUUCAAGAGGCUGCAUAUGAAAGCAGCAAGUCAGAGGUCCCACCAUGACGUGAGGAAGGGCCAGGCCUCGUGGAGGAGCACCAGGUGGCCUCCAGAAAAGAAGGAGACCCAGAAAGAAACGAGCAGAAACAACAGAGAGCGUGAAAAGCACAGGAAGACCGACAGGUGUCACGACGUGGAGGAGGACUUUCCCAGGGGCCCAAAAACACACUCUUCCCCUGGCGCUUUCAAAACGCAGAAGCCUCGCAAGUCCGUUCACCACUCCCAUUGCCACAAGCCAAGAGAAGACAAGCUGCCCAAAGAGUCUAAGCGGGGCAAGCACAGGAAAAAGGAGGGCUGCCUGGAGGAGGAAGACAAUGAUAAUUUGUUUCUCAUUAAGCAGAGGAAAAAAAAGUCUAAACUGUGAGACAGUUUCUGAUUUGGUUUUCUGGCGUCUGUCUGCCCUUCAUGUCUGUAACAUUCUGGCAGUAUUUUUAUCAUCCAAGAUUGAAUAAUGGGAGUUUGUUUUAUUUUGGUUUUGGGGUGGUUUUUUUUUUUUGGUUUUUUGAUUUUGGGGGUAAUCUCGCCCAUACCUAGCUUUGCUGAACAAAGACCUUAGAGCUCUGUUCUCUGUGUCCAACGGGUUGUUAGGUAAAAAACAGAAAGAUGAACCCAGGCUUCUUGCCUUGUUCCAGUUGGUCAUUUUCACUCAGAAUCUUACAGGUGGGAAAAAUUAAUCUUUUCAGGGGAACAUUAAAAAGUGCUUUGGACAAAUAAAAGCUCCACAAAUGUAAUUCAUCUGCAGUGUAUGUAAAUGAAAUCCUUGCAGGAAGAAAAAUUAACACUAAUAUGAAAAAUUCAUCCGUUUCAUCAUUACCCUUGUUUUAACAUUAGAAAGAUAAUAGCUACAGAUUUCCACUUCUCAUGCUUCUGAAGCUGGCGUCAGAGUCUUCCUUUAGUCCAGGCAGCACGGGGCUGCGAGACGGAGGGGCCGUCCUGGGGCCCUGCGUGGGCGGGGCGGGGCGGGGUGGGGCGGGGCUGCUGCUGCAGAUCCGAGUGAGGACUCCGUCCAGCAGCAUGCAGGUCACAAGCCAGAGUUCCUGAAACAAGGAAAAGGAAUCAUCAGACAUUUUGACACAAUCACAUGAAAUCAUUUUUAUAGUCACACCUCAAGAAGAUGUCACUCGGAUAUAUAAAAAUGAAUUUGCCCAACUUAAAAGAUUGUUCUGUUUUCAUGGGUUUUUUAAUUGCCAUGGAGCUAUACAGAAAUUUUUGUACCUGUGAACCUUUUAUACUUAUCAAAGCAUAAUGUUAAAAUUAUUAGCAGAAAAAUAAAGUGUCAGAAAUGGAUUAAA